AUGUGCGAUUUGUUAUCACGGCCACUGGCUCAUCUCAGAGGACAUCCACCGGAGACCCUACUUGAAGCGUUGGACCAGUUCGACUUAACCCUAUCGGAGAACACUAGUGCCAUCCAAGCCUCUGUAAACAACAUUGUCAGAGCUCCUAUCCACCUAGCUGAAAAGUUGCAGCCGGUAAUAGAGGAGCUUAUUUCCGCACAGACGUCGUUGUCUGGUCCCAACCCUAUUGGGGAGCCUUCACGGAGCAACAAUUGUGGCGAUGAAGAUGACUUUGUUGAUACUCACACAGGUUAUGCACAAGGCCAAUAUGGAGAUCUGUCACCGGUUGCUAACCCACCUCAUGGUAGCCCGGACGGUAAUCAUCCAUCACAUUCCAUUGUCGGGGAAACAUCUAAAAGCACGGAGAUUGCGCCAAAUGAAGCUGCGUGCCCAUCACAUGUCAACAAUUUCUCUUUGGACGAUGCACCCCCAGAUGUAGUUCCUGCAUUUACAAAUAAUGUCUCAGGCACGUUAUAUGGGCCACAACUCAGAGCAGGGAAACGAUUUACACGAAAGCCUGAUAGAUUUUGUUCACCCUUCAAGUACGGUGUUAUGUCUCGCCCUCCACCCAGUGUCAACGCAUCAUUGAACUUGUGGGGAUGCUUGUGUGCGGAUGACUCUCCAUACAGAAGCACAACGGUGAUCCAGUUUGGCACCACCCCUCUGACUGGUGCCCUUAUUGCUCAGUCCUUUUCCGACGCUGCUUUGGCAGAUUCAAUUUUUAUGCCUUGUUUUGCCAGCUGCCUUAUAUAUGAUGAUUAUAUUAUCAGACCUGAAUGUUAUGGGUACAGGAUCCUUCUCGAUGCAGAAAUUUCGAUAUGUAUAAAAGUUAACCAGGAUUAA